AUGUCACGAACUCCUGCAGCGCAUUGGUACUCAGAUAGCCUUGCAAACAGAGUUCCAUAUACUGAUACAGUUCAUUACGAUCCAUACGACACAUCUAUUGGAUAUGGUCACCAAGAAAUCACUCAUCUUUUGGAUAUUUUGAGUGAUCCAAUGUCACCAAAGGCAAACAAAAUCAAAUCACUCAGACUUUUGUGUAAUAUCAUGGUUGGACGUCAAGAUGAAGCAAUACAGCACAAAGCAUUCAACGUUCUUAAGCCAUUUUUGAAUCAGCCACCAAACAGUCUUCUUCUUCAUUCAUUGAUCGCUCUUACAGUUCUCUGUGAUACAAAGGAGCACUCGAUGGUGUUAGUUCCUGAAAUUCCUCGCAUUGUUGAAAUUGUUCAUCCAGAUGUCGAAGUUCCAUUACGUUUAGAAGCUGCAAAGCUCUUACGCCGCAUGUCUGAAUUUGUCGGGCCCAUUGAUCAAUUCAAUGAAGGCAAGAUUCCAAGCGCAUUAGUCGAAGCAACAGCAUUCAAAGAUUCAUCGCAAGAAUUCCUACUCGAAAUGUUUUAUCUUCUUUCUCGCCUCACAAAUAUACAAAAAGUUCGUGUCCCAAUCAUCUCUUCCCAGCCACUUCUUGAAGUUAUCGUCAAAUCAGUUUCGAAUCCAUUCUUACGUGAUGCUGCUGUCUUGUUGGCAUGCAACAUUGCCAUGGAUAAGAGCCACCAUGGCAAGAGCGCCCUUCUUGAGGUAGGAAUUCUCGAUGCAGUCAGUGGAUUGCUCGCAGCAAAGGAAGUAGCUGUCCGUAUGUCAGCUCUUUCGUUGAUUUCUUUACUCGCUGUUCCAAAGGAUGGCAAAGAACUCCUUUCUACAAUGCCAGACACAGCAGAUCUUCUCCAGAAGAUCAGCUCAUCAGAUCCGGACCUCUACUGUCGCCGUGCUGCUACAAAGUGCAGGAUUUUCAUCGCAGAAAUACCUUUCGGCAAAGUUAUCGUUGGAGAUGUUGUUGAUCCAUCAAUUCCUGUUCCAAAGCAGCCAGAAUCAUCAUCAGCACGUUCUACAUCAUCAGAAAAGUCAAAGAAGUCUACAAAUCAGCCAGAACAACUUCAAUCCGACAAAAAAGACAAAGUUUCGAGAACACAAUUACGUGCAGAGGCAGAAGCUCUCCUCUUUAUCGCAGCAGCAACUUACAAGCGCCUUUUCGGCAGCCAUAUUGAGAUCGUCCACUCACUUCAUGAUGGUAUUUUCUGCAUUGACGAGACAGGCAACGUAAUAGCUGAAGACAAAAUCAAACAGCUCGAAGAUGAAAUUCGCGCUACAAUUCAGUCACCAAAUCCAAUUGAAUUCCUCGAUAAAAACGUCGUAGAAUUAACAAAGUACUAUCUCAAUCUUGGCCUCAUGGACAAGGUUGGCGUUCUCAAGACAAUCGUAAAUACAACAAUUCCAUGCAUGAAACUUGGAGAUUUCAUCGAUUACAUUCUUGAGCCAAUUGCCGAUACAAUACCCGCUGAUAAACCAUUCGAAUUACAUCCUUACCAAAAUGGCUUCGUCCUUCGUACGCCAACUAUCGGUAAUUCCACAAAAUUAAUCGAAUGGAGAAAUCCAGAUGCCCAGCAUAACAUGUUCUCCGAAUAUACAGAAUGGGCCAAGGUCAUUGGUGUCAAAAAGAUCGCCGAUCUUAACCACAAAAUUUACACUCGCGAUAUCGAAGAUCUUAAGUGGACUUGUGAAGGUCUUCAUAAGAAGAAACUCGCCGAAAUCGCACGUAAACUUGUCGAGAACUUCCCCAAGAAGAGAAUCGUUACAAUUGCUGGUCCUUCUUCCUCAAAUAAGACAACAUUCGCCAAACUCCUUCAGAUUAACUUACGCGUUUUAGGCUACGAGUCUCUUGUUAUUGAGAUGGAUGAUUACGCUCAAAACAGAGAGGAAACUCCGUUUGGAGAAGACGGACUUCGAGAUUAUGAGGCCAUUACCGCGUUCAAUCUUAAAGUUUUCGGCGAGAGAGUUAAGAAGCUUCUCAACGGCGAAGAGAUUCCACGCAGAAAGUUCGAUUUCAAGACAGGAUUUGGAUCCGAUAUCGAAACUGAAAGGCAGAAGCUCGGCGAUAAGACAUUUGCCAUUUUUGAAGGUAUUCAUGGAUUGAAUCCGGAGCUUUUGAACGUCAUUGGCCAAGAUUUAGUUACUCCAAUUUACGUUGCUCCAUUAACUCCACUUUCCAUCGACGCAACGCACAGAUUCCCAACAACAGACUUGAGGCUCAUCAGGAGAAUCAUCAGAGACCACAAGUACAGAGGCACAUCCGCCAGACAGACAAUUAGAAGAUGGACAUCUGUCAGAUUGGGCGAAGAAAGGAACAUUUUCCCUUACCAGGCAAACGCUCAGAUGUGCUUCAACUCGUCUCUCGUUUACGAGCUCCCGGUCCUCUCAGUGCACGGAAGGGCCUUGCUCUCCGAGGCGACAAUUCCAGACGAGUCUGAGGACGCAAAUGACGAAAUUACAAAGAUGAUCACGAAGGAGGCAAAGAGAAUCUUGACACUCCUCAACAUGUUCUACCCGAUAACAAGCGAGGAAGUUCCUCACAUCUCUUGCAUAAGAGAGUUCAUCGGUGGUUCUGAUCUUAAAUAUUAA